AUGGCGCUGACGGUGCGGCGCCGUGCGGUGUGCGCCCUGGCGCUCCUCGCGCUGCUCUGCGGCUGCCCGCUUGUGUGCGGGACGGCCGGUGCGGAGGCCGUUUUUCAGUUUGGGGGCGGGCCCCUCUCCGACGCCUUAGACACUCCCUCUGCCCCGGGUGCCAACGGGGCCGUCGUGGGCCGUCGGACUGAUGCUCCUGUGCUACAGAAUGACUCCCAGCGCCCCGACAAAGCGCAGGUUCGUCCCCCUGCCACUCCACAGUGCUCGAUGAACUGCGAUGCGUCUAAAUCUGACCGAACUUCUUGCGUGCGCUGCCCCCCGGGUGUCCCUGGCCGGUCCCCCACGGAUGAAGGACUUCAAGCCGCAGCUGCAGCUGGUGCCACUGCGCAUUCGCACGGAGAGGAUUUUGCAGGCAGUACACCUCCUUCCAACAUUGCCGACGCUCCUGCUAAGCAAAGCGGCCAAAAGGUCUCAGCUGAGGCUGCGGUAGCUUGUGCUGCGGGUGGCCCAAAGGACCCAUCUGCGCCGUGCGUCUCCGGACUGCAUUCUUAUCCCGGCGUCACUGCUUCACCGCCCGCAGGCCUUGCCGUUCCUCCUCUUCCCAACGGAGCAGACGGCCGUACGCCUUCUGGUCGUGUUGCGGGGCACAACUCCGGCGCCCCCGCCUUUUCCCACUUGGGCGGCGACGGUGCCGGUGCUCGCGGCGGGGUCCCCGGCGCUGCCCCUGCGGACCGCGUGACGCCGACCCCGCAGCCUCCGGUCGCCGGACGGCCGUUGGGUGAAGAGGCGGCGGGCAGCCCCGAAUGUGGCUGGGACGAACGGCCCACGCAGCAGCGACCCGGCUGCCGCUGCUGCCUCUGGCACCAACUCGGGUGCAACGGGCGCAGACGCCCCCGAGACGGCGACUCCCCACAGAACGCACUCCGGCAAGAAGGACGGCAGCGACGCCGCCACGGUGUUUGUGCGUGCCCCACUCCGGCUGCUGCUGCCGCUGCUGCUGCUCACGGCUGCCGUUGCCUGCGCCGCUGGGUAGGUGGUGCGGGGCAGCCACACACUCACCCUGGCAGGGACGACUCGCUUUGUGCGCUCGGUUUGCUUGUCGUCCCUGUGGGACAAUCCUUCUCUCUCUCUCCUGUUCAGUGA